AUGUAUCUCGUUUCUUGACCGAAUAUAUAGGUUUGAUCGUCCAUCGUGAUGCUCUUAAAAACCUAAAAUUCUUCGCAUCUUAUCCGAAAUGUUCAAACUUUCUUUGGCCUCAAAUCAAAAAUCAUUUGCACACCCUAUCUAAGCACAAUCUUCAUGACCCAGUUGCCAUUGCAAAUGCUCUCAAGGUCUCCUCAAAUUCAAAAUCAGUUAUUCUUGGGAAUCAAGUUCAUGCACAAGUUAUUAAAAUGGGGUUUACAGAGAACAUAUAUUCUCAAAAUAAUUUAAUUAUUAUGUACACAAAGUGUGGGUUUUUGGAUAAUGGAUUACAAGUGUUUGACGAAAUGACUUAUAGAAAUCUUGUUUCAUGGACUUCGAUUACCUCUGGGUGUAUUCAAAAUGGAGAAAGUGUACCGGGGUUAGAUAUUUUUACUGAGAUGAUCGAUAAUGGGUUCCGGCCGAAUGAGUUUGCUUUUGGAAGUGUAUCGAGGGGGUGUACUAGCUUAGAGGAUAUACAAUUUGGUUCAUCUGUUCAUUGUUUGGCUCUCAAAAAUGGUAGUUUGGAUAAUCAUUUUGUAAUUAGUUCACUUCUGUGUAUGUAUGCGAAAUGUGGAUAUGUCGUAAUGGCUGAGCGGGUUUUUGAGUGUAUAAAGGAUUAUGAUGUUGGUUGCUGGAAUACUAUGAUUGAAGGGUAUGCUCUAAAUGGUUAUAGCUAUGAAGCUCUGCAACUAUUGUCUUUAAUGAAUAAGAAAGGAAUGGUUAUGGAUCAACUUAUAUUCAUCAGUGCUAUGAAGGGUUGCUCAAGUUUCGGUGAUUUGAAUUUUGGGUGACAGAUUCAUGCCAAGAUCAUUCAUAGUGAAGUAAAAUUGAGUUCUUCGGUUAUGAAUUCUCUAGUUGAUAUGUAUUUUAAAGUUGGUGAAAAGGCUUCUGCUUUGAAAGUUUUCAGUCAGAUGCAUGAGAAAGAUGUUGCAUCAUGGAAUACCAUGCUUUCUGAGUUUGCUCACGAUGGAGAUGCCAUGGUAGUGGACUUGUUCACUAGAAUGCUAAGAGCAGGAUUGCACCCAAAUCGUAUUACGUUUUCAAUUCUAUUUAGGUUCUGUGGAUUGUUAGUUGAUCUGUCUCUGGGGUUUCAGUUUUAUUGUCUUGCUUAUCACCUCGGAUUCACUGAUGAACCCAUCGUAGCAAAUUCUCUCAUCAAUUUGUUCUCUAAAUGUGGGAAACCUGAUAUUGCAAAUUCUAUAUUUAUUGUUAUCCCCCGUCAAAGCAUAACUUCAUGGAACGAGAUUAUCAUGGGUUUUAACUUGAAUGGUUGUACCAUGGAAGCUUUAGAGCUUUUCGCUAAUUUAUGGAAGUCAGGAAUGAAAGUGGAUGAGUGUACCAUAUGCAGCAUUCUAGGUACUUGUACAGGAGUUGAACACAUAGCAGUUGGUAGGAAAAUUCAUGGAGUUAUAAUAAAAUCUGGUUUUUGUUCUCAGAAUUUUGUUUGUUCUUCGUUGAUUAACACUUAUGGGAGGUUUGGAUUCGUGGAGGAUUGCUUUAUAAUUUUCAGAGGAAUCGAGAGAUUAGACUUGGCAUUGUGGGGGGCUAUGAUUUCCUCAUUAGUACGUGGGGGUCGCAUUAACCAAUCUCUAGAUCUUAUGAAAAGCCUGAUAAAAGAUGGUCAGAAACCAUAUGAGUUUAUUUUGGGCAGUAUUCUAAAUGGGUGUGCAGAUGCUGCAGCAUAUACACAAACUAAAUCUGUUCAUUCAAUUAUAAUCAAAAUUGGGUUUGAAAUGAAUCUGUGUAUUGCCAGUGCAGUUAUAGAUGCCUACGCUAAGUGUGGGGACAUUGAAAGUUCAAGGAUAGCUUUUAAUCAGUCGGUGAGAUAUGCUGAUUGUAUACUUUUUAAUACGAUGAUCGUGGCUUAUGCACAGCAUGGUUUAGUAACAGAAGCUAUUGGGAUUUUGGAGGAAAUGAAACGGUCUAAUUUACAGCCAAGUCACUCCACUUUUGUUUCAGUUAUUUCAAUGUGCAGUCAUCUAGGUCUUGUUGAGCAAGGUCAAAACUCUUUGACACGAUAAGCUCAGUUUAUGGGAUGGUUCCAUCUGCAGGGAAUUAUGGUUGCUUAGUUGAUUUGUUUUCACGAAAUGGGUACCUUGAGAAAGCAAAAUGUGUGCUUGAAACUAUGCCAUUUGCGCCUUGGCUUGCAGUUUGGAGAUCCUUCCUGAGUGGAUGUAGGACUCAUGGGAAAAGAGAGUUGGGAGAAUGAGCAUCCAAGCAGUUGCUUGAGCUGGUUCCUGAAAAUGAUGCAGCUUACACUCUGUUGUCGAAGAUCUAUUCAGACGAAGGUAGCUGGGAAGACGCUGCAAAAGUGCGACUGGAAAUGAAUGAAAGUGAAAUUCUAAAAGAACGAGGCUAUAGUUGGAUUGAGUUAUAGGGGGGAAAUGGUCAUUCAAUUUGUAGAAGAUAUUCAAAACAGAAAAAACUAAGAACAGAAUGAUAUGCACGCAGGGGUUAAAGUCUCCCUAGAAGUGCCGCUUACAAGGGAAGGCUGCCCAAGAUUUCGAAUUCCAGCCGUCAGUGCUCAGCCGAUGCAGAACACAAAACACCACGCUUCAGAAGCUGACCAAUAUCCAAUCAUAUAAUUGACCAACGCUAGUUUGUGCGCAUGUUGUACAGGUACCAUUAGUUUCUGGUAAUACAUCUAAUUCUUUAUUCAGACAUUGUGUAUGAAUUUAGCAUCUGACCACAAGAUUUUAAUGGUCCAUCCAAGGGUAAUGACAUUUACAGCCAGUGUAUUGCUCCUUUACAUAUCUAAUGUUACUACCAUUGACCUGGUCAUUUAUGGACGAAUCCGGUUCAUUUCUUAUAUGAUUUGAUCCGUUCCAUCAGAGCCAGUGUGGUCAUUCUGUGUUUGGUUGUUGUUACACUAACUUUUUAACAUAGCAUUUUUUUUUUGUCAGUAAAGAAUUUGAUGCUGACAAGUUAGGUAGACUUUACCACUGUACUGACAUCAGCAUGUUGUACUGGCUAACUCCAUAUUUGCCCAUCUGAUAUCAACUUUUUACAUUUUCCACCACCGAAGCCCUAAUCUUUAAUCACUGUCUUCUCUCCUACUCCUCUCUCUCUUUAAGUUCUAACUUCUAACUGUCUCUGCCUUCAUGUAAUUAAUGUAGCAAAGGUUUACAACAAAAAAGAAGAAGAAGAGAACAAUGUUUUUGUUAGAUGAUUAGCUUCUUUCUAGUUGUCAUAUCUGCAUCUGUAACCUUAGAAAACUUUAAUCAUUUUUCAAGAGAAAAAAAAUGGAAGGAGGUGGUAAGAAGAGUUUCAUCAGAAUGAUAAGAAUAGUGUUGUUGAUAGUGGGAAUGUUUUUAGGACAAAUUUCAGCAUCUCGUAAAUCAGAAAUCACUUGUUUUGGUAAAUGCUUUGGAGACUGUAUGUUUCCAGACCCUGGUGAUGGACAUCUUGCUAUAAAAUGUGAUGACAAGUGCGAUGCUUGCUUUAAGAAAUCACCACCAGGUAGCCACAGCAAGACCCUAGGUAAGUUAAUUGAUGGGAGGAGGAGUUUCACGGCUGAGGAAUAGUGCCAAGAGCAUGUGAUAAGUGUAAGAGAGUCAGUGAAAGUCUGUUAGAGUCGAGUAUAUAAACUCACCAGGUCUCUCCGUAAUAUCAAUCUUCUUUUCAUUAAUUCAGUUGAUUAAAUCGUUUCAGUGGAAAUGUUGAUUAUCUGAAUCUAUCACUCCUUUGGUUUCUCAUAUUAGGUUUGCUGACGAUGUUAUGCAUUUUGGUUUAAUGGAUGAAUGAUGAUACUACUAUAAAUUCGGUGUCUACUACUUUUGCAGCAA